AAUAAUAAUAUUUUAUUAUAUGGGAAAUAGUUGUUGCUGCAACAAUUAAACUUAAAAUGAUUAAAUACAAACAGAAGGAAAACCUGAAAUGCCCGAAAACAAUGCCGAAAAUUUAGAUAAUGAUAAUAUCAAAUGUAUAUCAUAAAUACAAGUAUACACAGCUUCACUCUAAAAUGAAGAUGAACAAAAUAAAACUUAACCCCCUUUAACAAUUCAAAGAAAAUAAUCAAUUUAAAACAAAGAUAAUUACGAAAAUAUAUAAGUAGAAAUAGUAAAAUCAUAAUAAUCAUAAUCAUCAUAUUAAAUAUAAUAAAAUCCACAUUUACCACCGCCAUAAGUAGCAAAGUUAAUAAAAUAAAUUCCUGAUUUCUUAAAUAUAAAUGCAAAAUAAACAUUAAAACAAUAAGGAGAAUUUAUAUAUGACGAAGAUGAAUCUGAAGAUCAAGCCUUACCGUAUUAAGGUCCUUAUGAAUUCGAAAAUAGUUCUAUAUAUAUUGGUUAAUGGAAAAAUGGAAAUAGACACGGGCGCGGAAAAUAAUAUUGGAAUGAUGGAAGUUUAUAUGAAGGCUAUUGGAGAAAUAAUAUGGCUGAAGGUAAAGGAAGAUUAAUACAUGCAGAUGGAGAUGUGUAUAUUGGAAGAUGGUCAAAAGAUAAAGCAAAUGGAAAAGGCAUUUAUUUACAUAUAGAUAAUGCAAAAUAUGAAGGCGAAUGGGUUGAAGAUAAAUAAAAUGGAAUUGGCACUGAAUGUUGGCCUGACGGGGCUAUAUAUACGGGAUAGUAUUUAGAUGGGAAAAAAGAAGGGAGAGGAAUUUUCAAAUGGGCAGACGGAUCUUAUUAUGACGGGGAAUUUUAUAAAAAUCAUAUAAAUGGUAAAGGAAGGUAUGUUUGGCCAGAUAAUAGAAUGUAUGUUGGAGAUUGGAAAGAUAAUAGAAUGGAAGGAAAAGGGUUUUUCACGUGGACUGAUGGGAGAAAAUAUGAAGGAGAAUAUUUGGAUGAUAAAAAACAUGGAUAUGGAGUUUUUACUUGGCCUGAUGGAAGAGUUUAUAAAGGAAAUUGGUUCAAUGGAAAAUAACAUGGGAUAGGAUGGUUUACUAAUCCAGAAGGGGAUGAGAAAAAAGGUGAAUGGAAAAAUGGUUAAGUGAUGAUAGUAUUGAAAAUAAAAAAUUACAAGAAUCAUAAGAUUAAUAAAAUAAGAAUGAAAUUAAAUUGA